AUGCGCGCACCGCUGCUGCACUUCGACCAGCUCGAGCCCUGGCAGCGCGACAACCCUUGCAUCCGCACCGGCUACCGUCCUCUCUCUCGCUCCGUCUCAGGUGCUCUCCGCACCGUCGCCGCCUGGCACAACGAGUCGAUCAACAUUGUGCGCUGGCUCGCACCGUUCGCCGGCAUCCCCUACCCGUUCCCGAACGCGGCUCAGCCGAGCGUGACCAGGGCAGACGCCGUCGGCUUCGCAGCCUUCCUCGUUUCGGCCACCUUGUGCCUUGGCUUCUCGGGCCUCUUUCACACGAUGCUGUGCCACUCGGAGGCGGUCGCCGUGCGCUGGAACCGCCUCGACUACCUCGGCAUCGUCGUCCUCAUCUCGGGCACGUUCGUUCCCGCCGUGCACUACGGCUUCUUCUGUACGUCCUCGACUUUCUCGACGACGAGAGAGACUGAAAUUGCCUCUGCAGCGACCGCCGCCGCCGUCGUCUCGCCUCACGCCCGGACCCCCGAGUUUCGCCGGUUCCGCACCUUCCUGUUCAUCGCCAUGGGCCUCUCGGCCGUCUUCCCUGUCGGCCAUGCCGUCCUCCGAUACGGCCUCGAGGGCGCGUCAAGAGGGAUCUCGCUCUUCUGGCUCGCGCUCGGCGGCGCGCUCUACAUCGUCGGCGCCCUUCUCUACGCCGAGCGCUGCCCCGAGCGCCUCUCGCCCGGUCGUUUCGACUUUGUCGGCGGCUCGCACCAGAUCUUCCACGUCCUCAUCCUCCUCGCCGCCCUGAGCCACUGGACCGCCAUCGCCGAGGCGCACCGGUUCUGGCACGGCGAGAUGCAGGGGCAGUGUCCGGCUUGGGCGCGGCCGCAGGAUCUGUAG